ACACACACCUAGGUAAACAAGAGCGUCGUGUGGCUUUUUUGUUCACUCAAGAAUGAAUACUGCUUAUCAAGUGACAAGGCUUCUCAAAAACCGAGCUGUCAUUUCACUUGGUUUUCGCAUGGGCUCCACACAUGUGACAACGGGACCACUGGCUGACCCCGGAAGACCCAGUACAGACAUGUCUGCUUUUCGCGAGACCUUCUCCAAAGCCAAGCACAUAGCAAUCAUCACCGGAGCGGGUGUGAGUGCUGAGAGCGGAGUACCAACUUUUAGAGCAGAACACGAGAGGUGGAGGAAGUGGCAGUCUCAGGAUCUCGCAACUCCAGAAGCCUUCUCUCGCACCCCGUCCCGGGUCUGGGAGUUCUACCAUUACAGGAGGGAGCUUGUGUUGGACAAGAAGCCCAGCGCUGUUCAUUUGGCCAUAGCCGAGUGUGAAGCGCGGCUGAAGGAGCAGGGGCGCUCCGUGGUCGUCAUCACGCAGUGCAUAGACGACCUGCACCUACAGGCCGGGUCCAAACACGUGCUCCAGAUCCACGGCAGUCUGAUGGAGACGCGCUGCGUGAUUUGUAGGCAAGUGACCGUGAACAAGCGAAGCCCCAUAUGUGCUGCCUUAAAGGGCACAGGAGCGCCUGGUUUAAAUGUUCCCGAUGCCCAGAUUCCAGUGGACAAACUGCCACGGUGUGAUGAGAGGGACUGCCACGGUCUGCUCAGGCCCAAUGUGGUCUUUUUCGGGGAGACUCUGGACUCCCAUCUCCUGACCAUGGUGGAAAAAGAAAUAGAAACCUGUGACCUCUGUCUGGUGGUGGGGACGUCUUCUAUUGUUUACCCAGCAGCCAUGUUUGGCCCCCGGGUUGCAGCCAGAGGCGUUCCAGUGGCAGAGUUUAACACAAAUACAACUCCAAAAACCGAGUAUUUCAUGUACCAUUUCCAGGGUCCGUGUGGAGCAACGCUGCCUCAAGCUUUGGCACCACACGAGUCAGAAAACAUCUAGACUAAUCUUUUUUUUUUUUUAACACAGUUUCAUAUAAUCUAAAGCUGGGAGAUUUAAUUAUUUUCUAAAAAUUGAAACGUACAAAAAAUGAGCAACUUCUUUUUUUUUCAUGUUGAGAUAGAUCUCUUUAUACUUGAAUAUCUAGCUUACUAACUGGAAUGAACUGCUUAGGCAUUAAGCAGGAAAUAUGCAUUGAUAAAAGAAAGGGGAUGCACAAUGCAUAUAAUUGUUAGCAUAGAAAAAGAUUUUCCUCCUUCAGAGCAGAAGUUAGAAACUUGUUUUAGAGACGUUAUCCUCUAAAACGAUGCUGUUAAAAAGAACAACAUACUACUUCAUCUUUCUAUCCAAUCACCACAUUUACAGACGUGAUCUUGUGCCUUUUCCAAACUUUUUUACUCCAUCCUAACCAAACGUUUUUACGAGUCCAAAUCAGUGUUACAGAAAUUUAGGUAAACGGUCAAUUUACUAAAAAGGGGGCAGAAGAAAAAUCAGCAUAAUUUACUGCUUGAGUUGUUAGAGGACAUGGAUUAUUCAUGAGACAAAUGUUAAAACUAUUAUUCAGUGUUUGUUUUCUAACACAUUUCUUAAUGAGGUUGGAGGUUUUCUAAAAAAAAAAAAAAAAAUGAACGCAGUUUGUUAAAAAAAAAUUGGAUUGACAGUUUCAUUGUCUGCAGACACUAUGCAGUUGUUUCUCAUGUGUUCCUGUAACUCUGCCAAUCCAUUUAUAAACAGCAGAACUAAUAAAACACUUCCUGGAUACAUGCUGAUAUUGUGUUAUUGUGCAUAUUGAAAGAAUUUAUACACGUUUGUUUUAUUGGUCCACAAUGCAGGAUUUCAUCCUUUACAUUUAUUGUCCACAGCCGACAGGCAAAGGUAGAGUAAUAUCUGUCCGGAUGUGCCUGUUUAUACUAAAAUGUCUUGUGAACCACUGGAAAUUUGAAUGAAACUUGGAGAGAACGUCAUUAAUCAUGCAUCUACAACUUUUGAAAAUGGCCGCCACAUUAGCCAACACACAAAUGGCUGUAACUUUGACAACUGUGCAGCUUUUGGGCUAAAACUUGAUGUGGAAGUAGCCAAGAUUAAUUUUUUUCUGAGCGUGACAUCUUGAAAUGGAUUGCAUGUGAUUGCCUGUCACGUUUUCAAGGUUUGACCAAAACAGCUAACAUUUUAUAAUUUCUCACUUUAUUUUUCGAGCUUUAAGGCGCAGUUAAAAUCUUUUAAUUUCCUCAAAA